AGGAGGCAUGCAGGAACACAUAAAAGCCAUUCCAUCGGCCCGCGCUCGCUCUUCACAGCUCUCUCAAUCGCUCCCUGAGGUAGAGCUGUCCCCAAAAUAAUACACGGGAGCUCCUCCUCAGUACUCAGUUCCAUGUUGAUUCUUCCGGUCUGAUCGUAUCUGUACAUGUAACCGGAGCCUGGCUGUGUCCAAGGCGCCGGCGGCAUUUGGUGAGGCCACGACAAGAAGGAAUCAAGGUUAUAGCUUCACCUGAAUGCAGGGGGCACCUGCUCCUUGCGGCGGCGCUUGGACGGAAUAAAUAAAGGAGUUGCAGCAGAGAGUACGUCGUCGUCCCCGGCCGAUGGAGUCCAGUCCCGAAGGCUUCGUUCCACGCGCGCACCAGGCGCCGAUCAAAUGCCCAAGCGCCGCCGAGGACCCGGACCAGCAGCCGACUCCGACGGUGUCGUCCGCGGAAUUCCUCCAGUUCAAGAAGAAAGCGGCGACGAUCGUGGAGGAGUACUUCUCGACGGACGACGUGGGCGCGACGGCGAACGAGCUGAGGGAGCUGCGCGUGCCGUGCUACCACUACUACUUCGUGAAGAAGCUGGUGUCCGUGGCCAUGGACCGGCACGACAGGGAGAAGGAGAUGGCAGCCGUGCUGCUGUCCUCGCUCUACGGCGACGUCAUCGACCGUCCGCAGGUGUACAAGGGGUUCUCCAAGCUCACCGAGUCUUGCGACGACCUGUCCGUCGACAUCCCCGACGCCGUCGACAUCCUCGCCGUGUUCGUCGCCCGUGCCGUCGUCGACGACAUACUGCCACCGGCGUUCCUGGCGAAGCAGCUGCCGUGCCUGCCGGACGGGAGCAAAGGCGCCGAGGUCAUCCACAGGGCGGACAAGAGCUACCUCUCCGUGCCGCACCACGGGGAGAUCAUCCUGCAGCGGUGGGGCGGGAUCAAGAGCAUCACCGUGGAGGAGGCCAAGGCCAAGAUCGCCGACAUCCUGGAGGAGUACCUAGCCGCUGGAGACACGGCCGAGGCCUUCCGUUGCAUCAGGGACCUUAAGGUCCCCUUCUUCCACCACGACGUCGUCAAGCGUGCGCUCGUCCUUGCCGUGGAGCGUGGCGGCGCCGCCGAGGGCCGCAUCCUGAACCUCCUCAAGGCGGCGUCCGACGAAGGCGUCAUCAAUGAGAGCCAGAUGAUCAAAGGGUUCAACCGUUUGACCGACUCCGUCGAUGAUCUGACGCUUGACGUGCCAAACGCGAGGUGCCUCCUGAAAUCCAUAAUCCUCAAGGCUUCGUCGGAGGGCUGGCUGUGCGCGUCGUCCCUGAAACCAUUGGGUCCGGAGCCGAAGAAGAAGGCCGCCGUGGACGACACGGCGGUUAGGAAUUUCAAGGCGAAGGCGCUGUCGAUCAUACAGGAGUACUUCCUGACAGGGGACAUCAUCGAGUCCGUGAGCAGCCUGCAGGCCCAGAACAAGUCGUGUGCCUCCUCUUUCAACGCCAUCUUCGUCAAGAAGCUGGUCAGCGCCGCGAUGGACCGGAAGAACCGCGAGAAGGAGAUGGCAUCCGUGCUGCUGUCCGCGCUCUCCAUGCCGCCGGACGACGUCGUUGCAGGGUUCCAUCUCCUGAUCGACUCCGCGGAGGACGCCGCGCUGGACAACCUUGCCAUAGUCGAGGACCUGGCCAUGUUCUUUGCCAGGUCAGUGGUCGACGAGGUGAUAGCGCCGUCGGACCUGGAGGCAUUGGAGGAGGAGGCCGGCCGGCGCAAGGCGGCGAGCUCCCCCGGCAUGCUGGCGCUCCGGAACGCGCACGCUCUGCUCGGCGCAAAGCUCUCCGCGGAGCGGAUCCUGCGGUGCUGGGGCGGCGGCGGCGGCGGCAAGGCCGGCUGGGAGCUGGACGAGGUGAAGGACAAGAUCGGCAAGCUGCUGCAGGAGUACGACUGCGGCGGGGGCGUCCGGGAGGCGUGCCGGUGCAUAAAGGAGCUCGGCAUGCCGUUCUUCCACCACGAGGUGGUGAAGAAGGUGCUCGUGGCGAUCAUCGAGAAGCGGGGCAUGGACGAGCGCCUCUGGGGCCUGCUCGGCGAGUGCUACGGCCGCGGGCUCAUCACGCCGAACCAGAUGACCAAGGGGUUCCAGAGGGUGGCUGACUGCAUCGAUGACCUCGCGCUCGACGUGCCGGACGCCGGGGAGCAGCUCGGCCGCUGCGUCGAGCGCGCCAAGGAGGGAGGAUGGCUCGACGCGUCCUUCUCCGUCACGAAGCCGGGGCUGCAGGUCCCAGAUGGCGCCGCCAUUGGUGUCUGCUCGUGAGCACCGGUUACAUGCAACGCUGACAUUCCAAGGGAGUUCUUUUGCAACUUUAUGCCGUUAUAUAUUACAUGUAUGCAUAUACAGAUAUACUCACUCCGUUUCAUAAAGAUUGGCGCGGUUUUGAACUAGAGCUAGUUCAAAUCCGUGACAAUUUUUAUGGCACGGAGGGAGUAUGAGAAAAGACGAUCGAUUAGGAGUACAUAUGUUCGCCCAAGAAUGUUGUCAUAGGAUAGCGAUUUUUUUUCGUGGCGUUUAGCAUGGAGGAUUUGUGUAUCGAAGAGUUUGUGUUUGCCAUUCUUUUUUAUAAUAUACUGUCAUGUGGUGUUUUGUUCGUCAA